UAUAUAUAUAUUGUGUAUAAAAAUGGUCCAAAGGCUAUCAGAGUUCACACAGACCGGGAGCUGAAAAAAUAAUAAUAAUGAAAAGAAAUACCCCGAUCAAGGUUUGAGAGUAAUUUGUAAACAGUAUAUUCAGAUCAGGCACCGAAACACAUGAAGUCUAAAACCUUAAGUGGACUAGAAUAAGUUAAUAUUAAAUAUUUAGAUUUUAAUCGUUGUAACUAACUAAAAUAAUGAUCUAUAUCAAACAAUAUAAUAAUAUAUAUCAAACGCUUAAUGAGAGCUUUUCUCUAACUUUAUCUUAUCUAUAAUAUUUUUAUUAUGUCGGUCAACAACCUAUCGGGUCAUAAUAUUUUUACAUGGUUGAUAUCCAUUUCUUCUUUCCUAUAUUGAAUUUUUGAUAUAUCAUUACUGUAUGUAUAUAUGACUCAUAUAUAUCUUGAAGGAAAUUAUCAUUACCAAAACGAUCGACUUGCCAUAUAUAUUAUAGAAAUAAAUGAAAUAUCUUUUAUAGAAUAUGUGCAAAUAUGUAAGUACAUAUUCCAAUCCUUAAAUCUCCUUAUUUAUUUUUUUUUCUUUUUCUUACCAUGUAUAGUAGUAGGUACAAGAUUAGCUUUACAACCAAAUUAAUAUACCAAAUUUUAUCAUGAACAUUACCCUAUAAAUAAGCCUUAAAAUAACCCCAUUACACAAACUCAUUCCAAAACCCUUUUUACCUUAUUUCACUAUAAUGGCUGCGACACUAGUAGUAGUACUAUCGCAGCUUUCUCUUCUUUCCACCAUUUUCAUAAUCACCAACCAGUUCGGCGCGGCUAAAGCCACCGAUAUCGGCGUAAACUAUGGGAUGCUAGGCAACAACCUACCACCGGCGGCGGAAGUUAUCAACCUAUACAAGAAAAAUGGCGUAUCAAAGCUUAGGCUCUUCGAUCCCGACCCAGCCGCACUCGCAGCCCUGAAAGGUAGCAAAAUCGAAGUGGCUUUGGAUCUGAAGAACCAGGAUCUGCCUAUCUUUGCUUCCAGCCCACCAGCCCUCCAACAAUGGUUCGCCCAAAACGUGGAGCCCUACCUAAACGACAUCGAUUUCCCAUAUCUUGUGGUUGGAAAUGAGGUCAUCCCUGGUGACCUUGGUCACUACGUUUGGCCUGUCAUGAUGUCCUUACAAAAUAUUCUGGAUACUAAGAACCUUCACGGAAUAAAAGUCACUACAACUCUUCCCGGCACUGCUUUGUCGACUUCUUAUCCUCCCUCCCUCGGCCAAUUCUCCGCUCAGGCCGCUGCCGACCUCAAAGGUGUUCUGAGUUUCUUAUCGAGUCAAGGAUCGCCGUUAAUGAUCAACGUGUACCCAUACUUCGCUUACGCAUCAGACCCAGCGCACGUUCGGCUAGACUACGCGCAGUUCACAGCGACAGAAGUUGUCGUUCAGGACGGUCCCUAUGGUUACAAGAACCUGUUCGACGCCAUGGUCGACUCUUUCGUGGCAGCCAUGGAAUCAGCAGGCGUGCCAGACGUGGAGCUGGUAGUGUCGGAGAGCGGUUGGCCUUCGGCGGGGAACGGUGAGCUUACGACGCAGGCUUUGGCGUCCACUUACAACACCAACUUCAUCAAACAUGUCAGUUCGGGUGUUGGGACACCAAGACGGCCUAAUAAGCGCCUGGAAGGCUAUAUUUUCGCCAUGUUUAAUGAGAAUCUUAAGUCUCCAGGGGUAGAGCAGAAUUUUGGCCUAUUUUAUCCCGAUAUGACCCCUGUUUAUCCUGUUUUCAGUCAACUCUAAAUCAAAUUAUAGUAUUGUUAGUUUCAUCUUUAGCAAUCAUUUAUUUUAUUGUCUUCGUAGGGUUAAUAUGUAGCUACACAGAGAGAUCAUUGGAGUUAAUUAUAAUUUUCUCAAUAAAAAUUAGUUGGAUUUUUUUUUUCUUA